UGGAAAGCGGCACACGCAAUACGCACACGCGCGCGCUGACAUCUGCACGUUUACGACUGAUGUAACAAAACAAAGUCAUAGACGUGUGAAGGAUUUGUGGAGAGGAGCGUUCCAUGUGACCGGAACACGCUCUUCUACUCAAAGUUGUAAGAAACUGGAGCCUAUGACUUUGGGAUUGUACAGAGCUUCGUUUCCUCCUUAACUUCCUCAACACUGCCAUCAUGUCACUGCUAACUCACGUGCUGGCAUGUUUGUUUGGCACGGGCUCCUGGGUGGCAAUCAACGGAAUGUGGGUGGAACUCCCGCUAAUUGUACCACAGAUCCCUGAGGGUUGGUACCUGCCAUCCUACCUAACAGUCCUCAUCCAGAUGGCCAACAUAGGCCCCUUCGUCAUCACCUUGAUGCAUCACUUUCGCCCAGGAGUGCUGGAUGAGAGGCGGGUUGUCUACUGCAUCGCUGUGUUGGGGAUCAUUGCCACAUUCCUUUUGGCUUUCUUCUGGAAGAACACAGUGACUAUAUGGGGCAACCUGCACAGUGUGCCCCUCUUGAUAUUAUGCUUCCUGCUCUCUGUGGUGGACUGUACCUCCUCCGUCACCUUUCUGCCUUUCAUGAUGCGUCUGUGCCCGCAGUACCUCACCAGCUACUUUGCAGGUGAAGGCCUCAGUGGUCUGGUGCCAGCACUGGUGGCUCUCAUUCAAGGAGUUGGUGUAGUGCGUUGUCAUAAUGUCACUGUGACAGUUUCAUUGAACAAAACACUUGAGAAUUCCACGGGUGACACUGGGGAGCUCCAAGCAAUCUAUCAACCAGCAAAAUUCUCUGCUCAGGUCUUCUUCUUGUUCCUCAGUGUUAUGAUGGUUGUUUGCUUGAUAGCCUUCAUCCUACUCAACCAUCACCCUGCUGUGGCUCGGGCGAAGAAGAAGGACCUGUAUUUCAGAGAAGAACUGACCCCAGGGAAGAGAGAGCAAGUUUUCUCUUUGCACACCCAAACACCAGAGCAAAAGCCAAUGUUAAAUCCCUUUGAGUCUGCUAGGAGGGAACCUUGCAGCUCCUUCGGCAGGGGCACAUACAGUAACUCUGAGGUGGCUUUCAUUUUUGUUGUACUGGCCUGGGUGAAUGCUCUGACCAAUGGCGUGCUGCCAUCGGUGCAGUCUUACUCCUGUCUGCCUUAUGGGAACCAGGCCUAUCAUCUGGCUGCCACAAUGGCAGCUGUCGCCAAUCCACUGGCGUGUUUCAUUGCCAUGUGUUUGCCUAUCAGGUCACUGAUCUUCAUGUGUCUUCUGACUGUGUUUGGCACUGGAUUUGGAGCCUACAUCAUGGCCAUGGCUGCGCUUAGUCCUUGUCCUUUGUUGGUCCACAGUGCAUCUGGGACUGUUGUUAUAGUGCUGGUUUGGAUCAUAUUUGUUCUCUCCCUGUCCUAUGUAAAGGUAAUAAUUGGAGUAAUUCUCCGAGACGAGGGCCAUAGUGCCCUCGUGUGGUGUGGGGCGGUAGUCCAGUUGGGCUCCAUGGUAGGUGCCCUUUCCAUGUUUCCACUGGUAAGCAUCUAUGGCCUUUUUAAGUCAGGUGAUGCCUGCAACACCAAGUGUCCCAUAUAACAAAGAAAUAUGUUUGAAACACUGCUGUACAAACCCCAAAAAAUACAACUUGCACUUGUACUGUAAUAUAGGCACAUUAGUGGGAGUGAAGUGUGUAGUUAUGAGGCUUACAUCUUCCAACUUUUCAGCAGCGCUGAGUGGCCUCAAGUGUUCAUCUACCACUCAUCUUAUUUAAACAGACUUGGUAAUAAGUGGUAGAUCUCAGUCUUCAUCACACUUCAGAAAGAGUAAGGACCACAAAACAAGAGUAGAUCUAAAUAUUUAUUUGCUUAGUUACAUUAUCCGUUCCUUUACUUUUCAGAAGUCAGCUGAGUGUUUUUUUUUUUUUUUAAUGUGAACAUAAUAUGAAAGUAUUCAAAUAUUUUGAGUGUUGACUUUGAAAAUGUGGUACUUUUUCUUUUUUUAAAGUCAGAAUUUGAUUUCAGACUACAUUGUUACAUAAUAUUACGGACUGCUAUAUAAAUGUACUGUGGUGGAGACACUUGAA